AUGACUGACUAUUCAGAUACCCAUACUACCUCUGCGGCUGCGGCUGCGGCUGCUGGUACAGCCCAAGCCCAGCUUGACCAGUCGCCUCGGUCUCCUAUCCCGGUUGAGGACUCGGAUCGCCCUAUUGAGGUCGAUGAUCUUCAGCCUGGUGACGGCGACUCGGUCUAUGAUGAUGACUUCUCGACUUUCACUGCCUCGCUGACCUCGAGUGUCCUCAACUACCCCAUCGAGCAUGGCCGUCGUUAUCAUGCUUUCAGGGCUGGCAUUUACUGCCUUCCCAACGAUGAGCUUGAACAAGAGCGUUUAGAUCUAACCCAUGCUGUCAUGACGAAGAGCCUGGGCGAUCGACUUUUUCUUUGUCCUAUUGACAUCUCCAAGAUGCAGCGUGUGCUGGAUAUUGGCACUGGCACUGGUAUCUGGGCCAUUGCCAUGGGUGACGAGUAUCCCCAUGCACAGAUCCUGGGCAAUGACUUGAGUGCCAUCCAGCCUCCCUGGGUUCCUCCCAACGUGAAGUUUGAGAUAGACGACGUCGAGUGCCCCUGGGUGUACGAGGCUCCGUUCGAUUUCAUCUUUUGCCGCUACAUGGCUACUAGCAUUGCAGACUGGCCUAAGCUGGUAUCGAAUGCCUACGAUAAUCUCGCCCCGGGAGGCUGGGCCGAGUUCCAAGACUUCGAUCUUCAGUACUACUCCGAAGACGGCUCGCUCAAGCCCGAGUCGUACACUUACCAGUGGAUCACGACACUCCUCGACGCAGCGCGCCAGACCGGCAGAGACCCCUGCCCGGGCCCGAAGCUCGAGGGUUACCUCCGCGAUGCAGGCUUCAUCAACGUCGAGCACCGCCGAAUCCGCUGGCCGAUUGGCCCGUGGCCGAGGGACCCCCAUCUGAAGGAGGUUGGCAUGUACAACUGGCACCAGAUCAUGCAGGGGCUUGAGGCAUUUAGCCUGAGGCUGUAUUGUCAGGUGCUGGGUUGGAAGGAGGAGGAGGUUAUGGUGCUGCUGGGGCACGUGAGAAAUGAGUUGAGGAAUCCAGGGUUGCAUGCGCAGUUUGACUUCCAUGUCUCCUACGGCCAGAAGAAGCCCAGCUCCAAGGGCAAGAACUGA